AUGGGUGACCCGACGGACUAUUCCCCCAACGGGUCAUCGCUGGUGGACGAAUUCCGGCUGCUCAAGAACCUUUCCUCUGAAAACGUGACCCUUCAAGACACAUUCGACAUACUGUGCAGGUCUCGCCGACCCAACUUCACUCGGCCGAGUCUCUGCGACCUGGAACAAGCCAGCGGGGAUUCGGAAGCAUUCGAAAUAGACGAUUUGAAGCCCAUAGUUGCCAUCGUCGUGCCGAUUCUGUUUGGCAUUAUCGUCAUCGUCGGUCUGAUCGGCAAUUUUCUCGUCGUCGUCGUUGUGGCUUUCAACCAGCAAAUGCGAAGCACCACCAACAUCCUGAUCUUCAACCUCGCGCUGGCUGAUUUGCUCUUCAUCAUUUUUUGCGUGCCAUUCACAGCGACUGAUUACGCUCUGCCGUCUUGGCCUUUCGGCGCAGUGUGGUGCAAGAUCGUGCAAUACCUGGUCAUAGUCACUGCUUACGCCAGCGUCUACACCCUGGUUUUCAUGUCAAUUGAUAGGUACCUGGCAGUGGUGCAUCCCAUAGCCUCGAUGGCCAUUCGCAACGAGCGAAACGCCUACCGCGCCAUCUUGCUUCUCUGGGCACUCAUUUCUCUGGCAUGCCUCCCGGCCAUGCCCUCGCACGGCCUGCAACAAUCCAUCCACCCGGACGACACUUCCGUGAGCUACGUCUGCUCGUUCCUCAAGGAAGACUGGAACUGGCCCGGGUUCCAAAUCAGCUUCUUCGUCACCUCGUACGCCAUCCCGCUCGGCACCAUUUGCUGCCUGUACCUCAUCAUGCUGCGGAAAUUGUGGUUCGGCGUGGGUCCCGCUGGCCACACGUCCUCCGAGUCGGUGCGAGGCAAAAGACGCGUCACUCGCCUCGUCACCAUCGUGGUGGCCGUGUUUGCCGUGUGCUGGUGCCCGAUUCAAGUGAUCCUGGUGCUCAAGAGUCUGGAGGCCUACACGAUGGACACGGCCCGAGUGACGGUGCAAAUCGUGUCCCACGUGCUGGCCUACAUGAACUCGUGCGUGAAUCCCAUCUUGUACGCCUUCCUGUCGGACAACUUCCGCAAGGCCUUCCUCAAACUCAUCUACUGCGGCAACGCUAGGCGGAUGUCGAAUCGGUUUUCGCGGAAUGCGGGGAAUGCGACGCAGAAUGGCAGAGACGCCAAUGCCAUGGAGUUGGACAGGACCAACACGACGCGGGUGUUGCGGAAGAACUCGUCGCCGAAUGUCGGCGGCGGCGGAGUGGCGCCGCCGGACGCCACGCCUGAGCCGACUCCUGCUGCUGCUGCUGCUUCUGCUGCUGGCGCCACGACGGCGCCGCUGACUGUAACUUACAACGCCACCGACGUCAUUGUCGAGUUCGGGGAGAAGGCUUGA